ACACUAGCCGCGGCGACCGACUCGCCAGAGCCGUCCGAGGGCGCCAUGCUGAAGAGGUUGGCACUCCUGCUCGUCCUGGCGCUGGGGGUGGUGUGCCUGGUUCUGCCCGAGAGCCAAUCACCACGCAGCUCCUCCGGCCGGCAGACAGAAGCAGAGGCAGGCGCGGGAAGACUGCGGCGCCAGGCGGUCCCUGCCUCCAGGAGACUCGGAGUCCUCCAGGCGCUGUGGCAGCUGCUCUUCGGGACCGCGAGGGACACAGCCCGCGCCUUCGCCAACAUCACAGACCUGAUCCAGACCAACCUCAUACCCACCCUGCAGCUGGGGGACGCACCACCCACCAGCACCAGCACCACGGAGGCACCCCUCCCCGGCGCCAGCACCACGGAGCCGCCCUACCGCCUGACGCGGCAGGAGGCGCUGGACAUCAUCAGGAGGAACCUGUACGGCCUGGUGCGGCUCUUCCGACGAGAGUUCCGCCUCGCCAUCAACGACUCGCGCCUGAACGCGGCCAGGACCGACGAGGACCUGCGCAGCGCCCUGAGGCCCUACUUCACCUAGUGACGUCACUGGCAGGACACUCGCAGGACACCGGAGCAACUCACCGCCUCUUGCGCUCGCCCCAAGCACCGUGCUUCUCUUGUUCCAUCUUCUCGCACGUGGUUUCAAAACAUUUCAUAAUGCAACCACAUUUUAUUGUUUGUAAAAAGGUUUUUUUUUCACUAAACAAUUCCAUAUUCAUGUUUUUCUUAUGAUCUAUAAAUAUAAGUUUUUCUCAGUUUUGGGAAAACCUAAUUUGCAUCUUUUUAAUGAAUGUCAUGCUAAAAAUAAAUUAUUUUAAUAUAUAAUGCUACAUACGAAAGGUUGAAACAAAACUGUAGACGUUCAUUAAAAAUCACAUAAAAUAAGGACUUUUUUGAAAGGAAAAAAACUUUUUUAUAAACUAUUAAAUAUGGUUAUAUUAUAAAUGUAUUAAAAAUACAUAUGCAAAAAACAUAAAACAUCAUAAGUAAAAUAAAUAAGUAUUCUACCACCUUAAGGCGUGUACGUGGUGGUCUGGAAGACGCCAUAUGCUUUCGGCUGGCAAGCGUUCCUACUCCUGCAACAUAGGCAGCCCGGACUGCGACCUCGGUUACUGCAGCCCUCUGGUGAAUGUUGCCUUGCGAUGGUGCUGGGCUCUGGUGGACAGAAUUGUGCCUUCGUGCAGUUUUGUCAAAACGUUCGUAUUUAAAUGUACAUAAUUUUAAUGCGUAUUGUCAUAAUAUAUUUCACUACUCGUUGUAAAGUCUAUGCGCUCAUUUUCAAAGCAAGUGUCCGACUAAGUCAUUGCUUCGCAAUCUUUCACCAUAAGAAAAAAUAAUAUUUUGGGUGAUAGAAAAAUCUUCUCAUCAGUUCCUGACACCUAUUAACUUAACAAUAAGCGUUCCUAUUACAGCUCGCACGGCCAUUUCUACUUAUUAUCUCAAUAAUUUAUGUGAUACGUGAUGAUAUUAUCUGGAGGUGUACCACAGUGAAAUAAUGCGGAGAUAAUCGUGCUAAAGCGUAGUUUUAUUUGAUAGUGUGUGUACUCGAUCACAAAAUGAGAUAUCAUUAUUGUUUAUGUCGUAUUUAAUACACAUGUAUUUUCCGAACAUCGAUUUAAGGACACAAUCCUCGUAUCUAUCCUAAGAUAGCUAAACAUUUAUUGUUUAUGAUUUUUAACUCAUUCUUGUUUUUACACGGUUUCAUUUUUGUACUUGUAAUGACUUUUAGAAAAUAAAAUAAAUAUAUUGUUUAUGAAUAAA